AUGGAGACGACAUUAAAGGUUCAUGAGAAAGCUAUGAUAUUUACAAUUGAGAAGGAGGUGUUUGGUUUUGAGCGUCAAACCUUCGUCUUGAUUGAAGAUAUUACACAGUUUGCAGCCAUGGAUGAAAUUGGGGCUACUGUGGUUGCUGUAUACAUGAGGUGCCUAUUUGAUGUAUUGAAAACAACAAAUAUGGUGAACAUGGUUGGCUUUGUUGACCCUGCUCAAGUUAGUGCUAACUCUGGAUCAUUAACUCAAAGAUCACGUUUGUUAGCCAAUCGACUUCAAAAGACAGAUGGGGAACAUAUUUUCUUUAUGCCUUACGAUCCAGGCCGUCAUUGGGUCUUGCUCAUUGUGAGACCAAAGAGGGAGAUUGUGUAUUUUAUGGAUCCACUGCCCGAAAAUCGAGUGGUUGAUGACGAGUGCAAAAACAUAGUGAACAUACAAGGCCGUAAAGCACCUAUUUGGAAAACUCUACAAGGCACACUAAAGCAACCCAGCAGUGUAGAGUGUGGCUAUUAUGUCAUGCGUUUUAUGAGAGACUUCAUCACAGAUCCUUCUUUGGAGUUUGAGAAGAAGUUUGAAAAGGGCAAAGAUCAAGCACCAUACCCCCAAGAAGCCAUUGAAGAAGUGAGGAAAGAAUGGGCAGAUUUUGUUUGCCUUCAUAUGGAGUAG